CUCUACAAAAUAAGAUUUUUGGGUCAAAGAUUGAUCUCGAUGGGUCUUAAUAUGUUAUAUCCCCUAGUACUACACCUGAUCCUCAAAUCCUUAAACAAAUCAGUGGAAUCAUGUCUAAGUGUUACGAUCCUUUCUGGAAUGAAUUCUCCAACCCCAAACCAUAUUACUUAACCCUGACAACCUUGAGCCUAUCUCCAUCCUAAAAAGAGCCGUAUACCCUGCCCAGACUACCCCACUCCCUACUUGAAUCACUCCAUCAAAAUAACACGUUUUGUGCCAAAAGAAAAAACCAUAAGUCAAUUUCCUUUUCAUUUCCCUAAGCUAGGGCCGAAACACACCAAGCCAAACAACCAUAUUUCAUCACCCAACAUCCCACAAACAUUGUCCCCCCCUUGUCCCCUAGUACAACCGAAAUAACAAGCACAACAAGCCAAGGGAUAUUUUUGAUUACUUUGACCUUUAAACCACCAUAAAAGCCACCCUAUAAAAGCCAUAUUUCUCACACCCCACUGUCCCCCACUAUGGCAGAAUGAAUCACUCCCCAACCACCAAAUAUUCACCUCACUAGCCAAGCCAAAAUACCCAACACAUCACCCAUCCAUUUUGCCCUCUAAUAUGGCCGAAAAUCCCCUUCCAUUCAUGAAUAUUCAUUCAUGAAUCCCUGUCCCCAUUUUCCCUGAUUUUAUUCCAUGAAAGGACUCAAGCACAUGACUGCAUUUUCUAGGAUUUGUGGAAGAAAUAGCUUAGUAUUUUCCUUUGUAUGAGUGCCUUUAAAUUUCGGCCAUAGGCCUAUUCAAAAGAUCACCUUAAGGGAACAGGUAAAGCAAUGGCAAAAACUUCAUUUACUGAAACUGGUUUUCAAUCACAAAAUGAAGUACAUGUAUCAGCUGAUAUAGGACAUGUUGAAAGUGAUGAGGAAGUAACUCUUCAAACUCCUACCAUCGUGGGAAAAUAUGGCAAAAACUUUAACACUGAAGCUCAAAUUGGUGAUGAAGAAUGUCAUAUCCAAGAACGUGAAACUAAUGUUCAAAAGAAAGUGAAAGGACGUGGUAACAAUAAAAGGAAGGUCUUGGAUAAAUCUGUCUUUGUUGAACUUAAUGAAGAUAAUGUGCCAGUAAGUGAUUCACAGAGACAAAUGUCUUCUUUGAUUGGUACCCUUGUACGGGAUCCUAGAAAACUACCGCUUGAUUGCUUUGAUUGGAGAAAAAUGGAAGAGGCAAAGAAGGAGCUAAUAUGGACAGAAGUCAAGAGGUCUUACAACUUUCCCGAAGGAAAGGAGCCACGUGAAUGGGUGAUAAUGAAAGCACAUGCUUCUUGGAAAGAUUACAAAUCUGAGCUUAAAGAAAAAUAUUUUAAUGGAAAAACUCUUGCAAUAGCAUUACAGAAUAGGCCCCAGCAUAUACCUCCGAAUAUGUGGACGAACUUGGUGGAGUUUUGGAGUUCAGAUUUAGGCAAGAAAAGAAGCGAAAUAGGGAUUAAGAAUCGUGGUAAGAAUCGAGUUCCACAUUAUUCUGGGACAAGAAGUCAUGCCCGUGUUCGAGCUAAUGAAGAGGCAAAAGGAAAUAAGAUAGACAAGCUUGGAACAUGGCUCUUGACACAUGAGCCUAAGAAAGGUUCAAAACUUGAUGAUAUUUCAGCUAUGAAAAAGGAGUUAAUUCUUAAGAAGUUGGAUACUUUGAAAGAUAUAGAAGUUGGUGCACCUGCUUGUGAUGAAGUUUUUGAAAAGAUAGUGGGAGAAGACAAAAAUGGAUAUGCAAAGACCUUUGGUAUGGGAAUUAGAGUUCCUCGAUCUUGUACUAAACGGUGCGCCUUGAAGGAGGAGAAAGCAAAAAGAUUGAAAAUUGAACAAGAGCAUGAAGCAACAAAAGAGAGACUCCAGAAUUUAGAAGAUGUAGUGGCAUUGCUUUUAAAUUCCAUGGGUUCAAAAGCUAAUCAAUCUGAAAUCAAUGACCUUAUGACUGAUGGUAAUACAACCACUGAGAAAAGUCAUGAUGAGGAUCGAUGGAACAAAGAUGAUGAAGCUGAGAAUGAUGAACUUGAAGAUUUAUACCGUGACGAGCAUUAAAGCUUUGGACUAUCGAUGCGUAAAUUUAUUUUAGUUCACUUUGAUUGUUUAUACUUUAACAUAAAUGAUAAACUACUUUUGUGAUGUUGGUUUACUUUCUAGUAAUUGGGUUAGUUGUAACCCUUUAGAAUGUUAUCGUAUUAUGUAUUGUUGUUAAUACAAGUAUGACUAUUAUUUUUUUUGUCAAUGAAAUUAUUUAAUAUCACUUAAAUAGUUGAUAUUAGUGACAGUUAUAAUAAAUGUAAAUGUUGGUC